AGCUUGUUUCACUCAUCUGAUUUCUUCAAAUUUGAGUUGCAAUCCAUGUUUAUGGUACUCUGAUGAUCUAUUGGUUCACUUUGAUAAAGAAAUUAAUGCAAACGUCUAUCGUGCUAAUCUCUGGGAGUAUUAUAAACGCUUCCACUGUUCAUUUGAAUGGCAUUUGACACCUCACGUGACGUUAUAUAUCGAAACCUGUAUUAGGCGAACACCUUGUAUUCAGCGGACACUACAGCAAUCAUUGAGGGUGUCCGCUUAAUACAGGAUUCACUGUAUUAAAAAUAAAAUACUACUACAUGACAAAUUUCUGCAAUUUGAUUGGCUUAGAGCAAUAGUAUUUCAGCUUAAUUUGAAAUACCUGCAUGUGAAAACUACAAACCUCUUGCGGGUAGUAGUAUAAACAAAUAAUAGUAUGAUUUGUACGUGAUACUUGGCAUAAAUAUCACUAGUGAUAUUUCAAAAUUGUAGCUGGAAUUGACUAAUGCAUUACUGUAUGACCUGCAUAUCCUGCUGCAUAAGCUUCUGUUCAAAAUAUUAACUAACAAUUUGUUUAGAUUACAGAGAGGUGUUAAUAAAAUUGACGGACAAAAUCUUACAAGGUACGUUAGCAAAUCAAAUGAAUUAAACAACAGUGAGGUCUAAAGUGAUGUUUCAAGAUAUGUUGCGGGGGGAUGGGGGUGGGACUAUUUAGUGACUUGAAGUGGAGAGGCUGAGGAGACUCUUUCCUCCCUUUUCUCCCCAGACAUCACGGUUCCGCCUUCCGCGAACUUGUGAAAAUACCGUAACCAAUGAUUUCAGCGGUUUUUCCCCAGCACUUGUACCGUCAAUCUGGAAAAACAACUAUAUAUUAUUUAUCGGGUGGGGGAGGGGGGCGGAGAAUUUUAAGGGGCAUCACUUGAUUUUUGGGAGAAUAUAAGGGGGGAUCAGUCGUAAUUGCGACCCCAAAAGGGCGGAUCGGCUAAAUUUCACCUUGUUUACUUCUUUAAGGACAUUUGAGGAUAUUUCUAAGUUAAUAUAUGUAAGAAAAAAUAUUCACAUCUUUUGGUGUAUUCUGAACAAAUUAUCGUAAAUUAUUUUUUGUAAUUUGGAAGAUAGCCAGGUUUUAACUGUAACGUUCUUAAGUCAAGUUGUAUUACUUUAAGAUUGGCCUUUUGCACCCAUAUCCCCAUAAUAAUUACACAUUAUUGUUUUUUAUUUAUCUAUCAGGAUUUAUCAGGAGCUGAUAUAUGAUACAACAAGGGUCAUGAGUAGGACGGAAGAAUAAUCCAUUUUGUUGCAAGACGGCCUAAUGUUUAGUAUACACCUUCUAUCAUGUUGAGUAAUUAAAAAAAAAACAAUGUACACCUAAUUAGUGCAAGAGUAAAAUAAAAUGAACUCAGCAUUGCAUUGGCCUGUUUUGUAUGUCUGUGUGAAAAAAGAUUGCGCUCUACUUCGAUCUAUAAUCAGAUUAAAUAACUGACCUACACGAUAGCCUUAGCUUUAAAAGACAGGUCCAGGGCAUUUUAGGACUUUUUAUGGCAGCUGAAUUUUCUCCGCUAAUUUUGAGAUCAUAGACUGAAUGCGUUGAAACAUAUUACAAUAAGUUACAAUCAAAGCAUUAUUAUGUUCUAAUAAAUAGGGAUUUGAAUUUCUUUCCAGCGCAACCAUCUGAAUUCAAAUCAUUUUGAGCUAUUUAAUUACGUCUGAUUUAAUUUAAUAGCGAAGCUAUCGCGUGCAGCUGAGCCUCCAUUACUAUAGAAAAAUGGAAACCUUUCAAUGAAAGAAAAUUGAGUAGUCACAUGACCGUUCCCGCGUGUGUCCAUUUACCAAGCUUUUGAGGCAGAAAAUUUCAACCAGGCUUACCAGAAAGGAAAGCAUUUCUAAUUAGACUUUCAUGGUAAACUUCAACCCGGCUUACCUUGAAAGCCAGGUAAAACCAGGCUUAAACCAGGCUUAAACCAGGCUUAAACCAGGCUUUCAAUUUUAAUUUUCGUUUUCCAAAGAGGGGUAAGACUGGUUCAACCAUGGUUUACCAGGCUUACCAGGCUUUUAACCAGACUUAGUGCAAGGGUUACUUGAGUUUACAUGUAAUGUCGAGUUUUCCUGUUUUUACAUCGUCAUUAGGAGCCCAUAACCAGCGUCACCCAACUCCCAUAAUAGGGCUAUGUCACGGUGUUUUCACGGACGGGUUAUUUUUAGAUACAUUUUAGGUCAGUUUUUACCUCGAAAAUGGAAACUCUGCUCCGUCUUUCAGCCCAUUUGAAGUACAAGAUAUGAUCGAAUACGUCAUUUAUGUGGUAGCAUGGGAUCAAUUAGUUGUGUAAUGCUUUCUCGUGGUAUGCCUUGGAUAUCCCACUCGGAACUUGAAUUUUCUUUAAAAUACUACACACUCGCCUAAAGCCAUACAAACUCUCCUAAAGACCCGUGUGUAUACUGAGAAACCAGGAGCCCAUAACCCUGAACGGGCAACUUAACUUCCAUAUUAGCGGCCUAUGUCACGGCGUUUUUACGGACCAGUUUAUUUUAAGAUACAUUUUAGGGCAGUUUUUUUCCGCGAAAACAGAUUCUCCACCAUGUCUAUGAGCGCAUUCGACGUAUAAGAUAUCAAAAAAGAAAAAUAAACGUUAUUAAAAGGCUAAAAAUAUCAUUUUCAGGUCUGUAGGUUUCGCUGACUGGUAUGUGGAAUUUAAAAGAUAUUCAAAAAUUCGCGCCAAAACAGUUCUAAAAAUAAACUGGUACUAGAAACGCCGUGACACGAGCGCAUGGAAGUUGGUCGCUCCUAGCAGUAUGGGCUCCUGGAGAAACUGAUCAAGUCACUCGUGAGAUAUUUCACGGUAUAUCAUUUCAAAGUAUUCCAUAACCAGUAAAAAGCUUCUGUCAUUAUUAUCGCUAUGAGCUUUUCAAAUUAUUCUAAUAAUGCAAUGCACUGCCGCCGCAUCAUCAGAGCUCACAUAUCAUGACCUUUCUCACAUAUUUUCAUUUACCUAAUAAUUUUUUCUCUUAACCCUUUUUUCCUGGCAUUUAAAUUGCAGCAUAUCGUAAAGAACGCAAUGCUAGGCAAAAAAAUAUUUUUAUCCUAUGAUAGCACCAUGCACGUUCUCCGAGUACUAAAUUGCAGAAUUAAAUUUCAAAUCAGAUUUCUAAUAUCAACUGGACUGAUCACGGAAGAAAUACGAUGCGACAGCUCAAAUGUCAGUUGGGUCAUCGCUUAAGUUCAAUAUGGCCUAUCAGCUACACAAUUGUGCAAUAACUUACUUUAAUUUGAUCACUGCGAAAUUCGACCUGCUUUUAACUUUUCUGGUGAGAAUCUGAAAACUUGAGGCGAGCGACUAAAGUAUUAUGUCAUCUAGCCUAAUAUGUCAUAUCUAAUUGCUAUUGUUUCAUUUUGUAUUCAGUUUGUUAUAGAUGUGCAACAACUGCGAAUCAUUCUAGUUUUUGUUGGAUUUUGUCAAGCAACUAAGUGCUUUAAGCUAGUGAACACAGUUAUUGAAGAGGAUCAAUCUUGGUAA